UGCAGUUUACUCAAAAGGAGCGAGUCACUGACAGACACAGCAGAGUGAGACAGUUUGCUUGUGACUGGGAAGCAGAGCAUCUGGACCCACAGGAGAAAUGACUCUUUCGGCUACAAGCAUCCCUGACUUCAGCACCACAGCAUGGUAUGAAGACCAUAAAGACACCAAUGAUACUAACUGUCCUGAUCCAGAGGCCUGGGAAUGGAUCUACAUCAGUGGGCCCGUGUAUAUUCUGAUUAUCAGUGUCCUGGGAAUCCUAUUUAACCUCUUCGUCCUGCUGGUUUUCUGCCUCCACAAGAAGCACUGUACAGUCGCUGAGAUCUACCUGAGCAAUCUGGCUGCUGCGGAUCUAGUUCUGGUGUCCUGUUUGCCUUUCUGGGCUGUAAACAUUGCUAAUAAUUUCGAGUGGCCUUUUGGACAGUUCAUGUGCAAAAUUGUCAAUGUGGGUAUCAAAAUAAAUGUCUACUGCAGCAUCUAUUUCCUCGUUCUGGUUGGUAUAGAUCGAUAUUUGGCGCUGGUGCAUGCUUUGUCGCAUGGAAGAAUGCGCAGGCCAAAAUAUGCUAAACUAGGCUGCCUGCUGACGUGGGGUUUUGGCUUGUUGCUCAGCAUUCCCACUUUCAUCUUUAGGGAAGUGAGACAUUUUCCAAAGUAUGGAGUUCAUGCCUGCUACCUGGAAUACCCAAGCCUCACUGUUGAGAUGCUCUAUGAUGGAAUGUUGCUGAUCCUUAGCUUCAUCGUUCCUAUUUCAAUCAUCUUGUUCUGCACUUUGAGGAUCAUUCGGGCCCUAAAAAACCAGUCAAUAGAGAGGUUCAACGCUGAGAAGACAGAGCAGAAGGCCACCAUCUUGGUGCUGGUGGUCCUCCUGGCCUUCCUCGUUUGCUGGGUGCCGUUCCACCUCAUCAACAUUUUGAACAUCCUGGCACGAGCCGAGGUCCUGAAAGGGUGUCACCUGACGUCUGCUUUGGAUGUCUGCAACCAGAUCUUCACCUACCUAGGCUUCUUCAACAGCGUCCUCAACCCAGUCCUGUACGUCAUUGUUGGAAAGAACUUCAGGAAAAAAGUUCGGGAACUCAUUAAGCAGUGGAGCAUUAAGAGAACAACCACAUCUGAGUCCACUCGCUCAAAUUUAUCUUCCACACUCAAGACUUUAGUUUGAAAUAUCUGUCAAAUGAUGGACCUUACAGAAAGAUGACUGUACAGAGAUAAUAUUUAAAUCAGACACCAUGUUUAUUAUUAAAAUGCAUCUGGUUUGGAUCUAACUUGCAGGAUAUUGUUCAGUCAGAUAUUUUGUUUCACUUAUAUAAACUAUAAUGCAUAAGUUUCUUUACCAUUCUGUUUUUUGUUGUGUUAAAAAUUGGUUCAUGUGUUGCAAAUAUUAAAGUUGUAUAUGUGAUAGUUGUGUUUUGUAAACAGUUUCUGUGAAAUAAUGUCUGUAAAUAUGCUUUUCCUACUUAAAUUUCCAACUAAACAAAGUUGUUUUCCUCAUUCACAAAGCAGUAAAUAAAAUAUGCAUUAUAACUUAAAA